AUGUGGCUAAAAGCGGUAGCGAAAUAUUUUUUCUUUCUUGUGAUUUUGGCUCUCUGUGACGAAGACAUGGACCACGAUUUGGCAGAGAAGAUGAACGAGAAGAGAGAGGAGUAUCCGAAGAACAAUCGAAAGUUCUGGCUCGCUGUGGCAGUUGUAGCUUUUGUCCUAGUCCCAAUUACAUUGUUGGUGUUGUUCAGUCUGACGAUAUAUUUGGUAAUGAAACACAGGAAAGAAAAACUCAAUUCGGAACGAAAAAGAAUCAAAUCGAAUUCAUUUUUACCGGAAUUCUCACAAACGCCAAUCCAACUCAGUCCAGCGACGCCAUCCGUACAGCCUAACUCGGGUAGCCAAUCAAAUUCUCCUUACGAACCACAAUCGACCAAUGAGAAUGCGCCAUUUCAAAAGAACACACCCUCAUCCCUGCCCACAAGAUCCCCGAUGAUGACGAGACCGACGGCCAAGACGUCCGCACCGCAACAACAACUCGCUGGCAAUCAGCUCGACCGCGAGUUUCUGCGACAGAAGCGGAUCGAACAGCAGUAUCAAAUUCUCGAACAACAGCAAGCAUUUUUGCGUCAACGUCAGGAACAUCUGCAACAACAUUGUCAGCAGAGAGAACAACAAAAGUUGUUCGCUGUAAAUGCUUCAGAGAAUAUUCAACAACAGCCACAAAAACCACAAAUUAUGUCUGUGUUUCAACAGCAAACCCCACCGUUAUCUUCAUAUUUACCAGAAGAGCUGAUCUCGAAACGGCCGCAAAUACUUCCACUGCAAUUACAACAGCAACUACAGCAGCAGCAGCAGUCACCACUUCAACAGCAGCAGAAGCCAACGUAUUUCUCUCAGCCGUUAGAAUCAUCUGUGGAUAGAUCACUUCUCAUCUCACCAGGCAAACAUUUGGUUGACUCCUCUGGUGACAACGUCAUCCUUUCAAGCCCCCCAUCAGCCUCGCAACACAAACUCUUCAUUCAAUCCCUCAACUCAACCUCCUACCAACCCAUUCCUGAACUCCGGGUUGACGAUGAAAAUCUUCCGGAAUUUUCAAUUCGUGAAAGUACCUUUGCUGAAAAUUUUAACGAAUUCGCAAUUAGCAAUAACAACACAUCCUCCUCGAUGUCAGAGGCCGAUGAAACAAACAAAAAAUCAAAAAACUUGACGAAAACUCGAAGAAAACAUUCGAUUCGAUCGAAGGUCGCAAGCGAAUAUUCAUCGGUUAGAAACAUUCCGUCCCUAAGCUCAUGUGCCUCAACGAACUCAAAUGAAAAAUUCCUCUUAACCAUCUCAAAACGCAAUACUGGAAACAAGAAUGAUAAAAUCACCGACGAUGACGAUGAUGACACUAUGGACCACAGCCACGACGACGACGACAAUGAAGAUGAUGGUGACGGUAAUAAGAACGGGAAAAUUCAAGAAUGUGGAAGAAACCGAAACGUAAACAGCAGUUGGUUGGCAGAAGGGCAGAGGAGCGGACAAAGCAGGACGGUUUCAAAACUACUGGAGAACUACUCGCACUCAACCGAAAUUCCCAAAUCCAAAUCUCCGGAAAGUCUCCUUACUCCGCUGGCUAACAACAGAAAAAAGAUUAAGAAAAGGAAGAGGAAAAGGAAGGAGAUUGGAAAGAUAAAAGAAAUUUCAAAAACUCUGAAAAUUUUUAGCAAAAGCAAAAAAUUUGCCAACUCUAGUAAUGAAACUAUACCUCUGCUUGAAAAGAUGAAUGUUGAUGAUGCUUGUGAUAAGGAUAAUAACGACGAUGAUGACGAUGGAACCAACAAAAUGAUGUACAAUCAAUAUAUCGUCGCAUCCUGCUCUAUACUAUUGGUCGUAUUUGUCAUCUUCAUAAUCGGGUCAGUAUUAUUCGACAAGUCGAAAAUAAAAAGAACAUCGCUAAAAAGCGACAAUUCCAAAAGCUCGCAAAAAUUCGUCAGCGAAGGUUCGGAACCCGACGACAGUGCAAACAUCAAUUCGAUACCGGUGUCUCGGUACUCGAGUACUGAAGAUCAGUCGGAUCAGGACGUUGAAUCGCCGAACGAUACAUCUGCAAGCCUGUCAUGGGAUUCAACCUACCCCGUGAACGGGUUAGGUUCAUCAUGGGAUUCAACCUACCCCGUGAACGGACGUGAAGAAGAAAGGACUGGCCUCUGUAAUAAAAGAGAAAGGAAGAAAAGUAAAAGAAAAACUUACCGCUUUCUGGUCGGCUACAUUCAGUUAGACGUUUCUACUGUGGCCACUGUUGUGCAAUUGUGUGGUGUAGUGUGGUGUGUUCCUUUCAAUUCUCUCUACGUGAAGUUGACCACUGUGAGACCUGAUUUCAAAACUCCGAGGAAAAAAUUCGACCAGUCUAAACGGUUACUCAACAGCUUGAACCCAGAAGACAAAUAA